AUGUCAAACCUUAAAGCCGACGAUCCUCGUAUUCCGGCCAUCCAAUCAAGAAUCCGCGUUGUGCCCAACUUCCCAAAACCAGGGAUAAUGUUUCAAGACAUAACCACUCUGUUACUGGACCCAAAGGCUUUCAAGGACACCAUUGAUUUGUUCGUCGAGCGCUAUAAGAACAGCAACGUUUCAGUCGUUGCCGGGGUCGAGGCUCGUGGUUUCAUUUUUGGUCCUCCCAUUGCAUUAGCAAUUGGAGCAAAGUUCGUUCCAUUGAGGAAACCAAAGAAACUUCCGGGUGAAGUUAUCAGACAAGAGUACGACUUGGAAUAUGGAAGUGAUUGUCUGGAGAUGCACGUUGGUGCAGUGGUCCCUGGUGACCGUGCGUUGGUAGUCGAUGAUCUGAUUGCAACUGGAGGCACUCUCUCUGCAGCCAUUAACUUAUUAGAACGUGCUGGAGCUGAAGUCCUCGAGUGUGCUUGUGUCAUUGAAAUACCAGCUUUGAAGGGACGCGAACGACUAAAUGGCAAGCCAGUUUAUGUACUUGUGGACUCCCAAUAG